UAAGAAAUUUAAAUUAAACUAAAAUAGAACAGUUAUCGUGGGCGGCGCAACCCUUGCUUGCUAGAGUUACUUCAUGUGCCGCAACGGUACUGCGUUAGGAGUCUGAUCCAGCGGCCACCUCUUCUGCCAGACGUAUAAAACCCUAGCUCUAUUCUUGGCAAGGCUCAGUCCUUUUGAACCCUGUUUGUAAUGGGAAUUCCCGGUUUUUUUCGGUGGUUGAAGAAAAAAUACCCGAACUGUGUCCAGAAAGUCGAUGAAGAUGACAUUGAAGAUGUUGUUUUUGACAAUCUAUACAUCGAUAUGAAUGGCAUCAUCCAUCCUUGUUUCCACCCUGAAGGAAUGCGUGGUCCUAGGACGUAUGAUGAGGUUUUUCAGGCACUUUUUAAGUACCUUGAUAGAAUCUUUGCUGUUGUUAGACCACGGAAGCUUCUGUUCAUGGCCGUCGAUGGUGUAGCGCCACGAGCUAAGAUGAAUCAUCAAAGGUCAAGGCGUUUCAGAGCUGCUAAAGAGGCAUUAAAGACAAAAAGAAUAACAGCGUUUAAGUCAAGAACAGGAAAAUCACUAUUGUUGGAGCAAAAUGUGAAGAUGGACUCAAAUGUAAUUACACCUGGAACUGAAUUCAUGGAAUUGCUGUCUUCAGCUCUUCGCUAUUACAUACAUUUGAGGAUGAAUGACGACUUGAGAUGGCAAGGAAUAAAGGUUGUUCUUUCUGAUUCCAGUGUCCCUGGUGAAGGAGAGCAUAAGAUAAUGUCUUAUAUUCGACUACAAAGGAAUCUUCCUGGAUUUGAUCCAAACACACGCCAUUGCCUGUAUGGCUUGGAUGCAGAUCUGAUCAUGCUUUCAUUGACAACUCAUGAAAUCCACUUCACAAUUUUGAGAGAGUGCGGGUGUGCUAAAAGUAAAGUCGGCAACAAUUUAAAUAAAAGCUUCAGAGGACAAAAACGAAAGCGGAAUUCAAAGAAAAAGCAAUUGGUCCAAAGGAAUAUGGGAGACUACUUUAAGAAACUGAGAUUCCAGUUUGUCAAGACAUGGGUUCUUAGGGAGUAUUUAUCGAUGGAUAUGAUGAUCUCAAACCCAGGAGUGAACACUGACAUGGAGCGUUUGAUCGAUGAUUUUGUUUUCAUAUGUUUAUUUGUUGGAAAUGACUUCUUACCGAACUUACCUACAUUUGAAGUAUCUAAGGGAGCCCUUAACUUGCUUUUGAAGAUUUACAGAGAUGAAUUUGUUGAAAGGGGUGGUUACCUUACUGAUUCUUUUGAGGAACAAGGAUUGGAGAAGAUGAUUGCAUUGUAGAGAAGAAGGUGGACUUUAAUACUUUGAGGAUGACAAAUACGUGAAUAAACAGCCAACAAUAGUAGGAAUCAAUCU